AUGUCUGCCACAUCAUUAGAUUAUGGUACGAUGUUAUCUUACAAUAAAGAUUUACCAGACCAUAAAAAUUCUAUUAACUUUGUUGAGUUGUAUCAUCAAAUAACGAAAAACCAAGCAAUUAAGGAACGAGUUUCUCUUUUAGUUAAAAAUUAUGGGAUAACGAAUUGUUCACAAGAAUCACCUGAGAAAAAAGGUGCAACUACAUCACCUCCUUCUAAUAAAUUGGAGGAUGCUCUCAAGCUAUUGCGUCUAGCUCCUAAUCAGGUGUAA